GAAAGAGUAAGAAUUUUAUAUUUAACGGUACAAUACAAGAUUUAUUGAAGAUGAUCACUACAUCCCUAUUUUAGCACUUCCUUAAAAAUAUGAGACAAUGAAAACAACAAAAUUGCCUCAAAACCCAAAACAAGCCAUUAGAAUCGUAGAAAAUAUAGCCAAAAACAAUUCAAACCCAAAUCAACCCAGUUGGUCGUACAUCAUUAGAAACCACCUUUCUGAAGGAACUACCAGUCAAGUGCUUUCUUUAUACACCCAAAUACGCCAAACAGGACUCUAUAUAUUUGGUCUGGUUCCUUUGAUUUUCAAGGCAUGUGCUUCUGCUUCAACCCAAACUUAUGGCAAAUCUUUGCAUGCCGAAUCUAUCAAAUUUGGGGUGGCCAUUGAUUUACAUAUUGCUUCGUCCUUGCUGAGCAUGUAUUCAAGAUGCGGUAAUUUGAUUGAUUCCCGGAAGGUGUUUGAUGAGAUGCCUGAGAGAAAUGUGGUGACAUGGAACGCGAUGAUUGGUGGGUAUUUUAAAAAUGGGGAUAGAGAAUCUGCAUUGGAUGUGUUCGAAAAGAUGCCAAUCACAAGAAAUUCAGUGACUUGGGUUGAGAUGAUUGAUGGGUUUGCCAAGUGUGGAGAUACUUUCAAAGCAAGACAGUUUUUUGAGAAAGUUCCAUUGGAGUUAAGAACUGUGGUGACUUGGACAGUGAUGGUUGACGGGUAUAAUGCAAAUGGAGAACUAGAAGCUGCAAGGGAGAUUUUUGAUAUGAUGCCAGAAAGGAACUACUUUGUUUGGUCAUCAAUGAUUUCUGGGUAUUGUAAGAGAGGCAAUGUUAAGGAAGCAAGGAACUUUUUUGAUAGAAUUCCUGUUAGGAAUUUGGUGAAUUGGAAUUCAUUGAUUUCAGGUUAUGCACAAAAUGGGUUCUGUGAGGAAGCUUUGCGCAUGUAUAAGAAAAUGCAAAAUGAAGGUUUUGAACCUGAUGAAGUUACCAUCACAAGUGUUUUAUCUGCCUGUGCACAGUUAGGUGAAUUAGAUAUUGGAAAAGAAAUCCAUUAUCUUAUUAAGAAGAAGCGAAUGAAGGCUAAUCAGUUUGUUUUGAAUGCACUAUUGGAUAUGUAUGCAAAGUGUGGGGAUUUAGCCCAAGCAAGAUUGAUAUUUGAAGGAAUGAGUCAUAGGACAAGCGCCUGCUGGAAUUCCAUGAUCUUAGGUCUUGCUAUUCAUGGAAAGAACAAAGAAGCUCUUGAGUUUUUUAAAAGAAUGGAAGAAUCGAAUGAGAUGCCAGAUGACAUUACUUUCCUUUCUCUUCUAUCAGCUUGUGCCCAUGGAGGGUGUGUAGAUGAAGGGUUAGAUGUUUUCUCCAAGAUGGAGACUUACGAUUUGGUAGCAAGCAUCAAGCAUUAUGGUUGCUUAGUGGACCUUCUGGGACGUGCUGGGAGAUUAAAAGAAGCUUUCGAUUUAAUUAAGAGAAUGCCAAUAAAGCCAAAUGAUGUAGUUUGGGGAGCUCUGCUUGGCGCUUGCAGGAUUCAUUUGGAUACAAAUAUGGUAGAGCAGGUGAUGCAAGAGGUUGGUAAAGUGGACGAUGACAUGGAUUCUGGGGAUAAUUCACAUCUUGUACUGUUGUCAAAUAUUUAUGCAGCUUCAGACAGAUGGGAAAAGGCUGAAAAAAUGAGGACAGCAAUGGUGAACAAGGGAUUUCAAAAGAAUCCAGGACUCAGUUCAAUUAUACCCAAUCGUAUGGAGCUGCCAUUUAGUUCCCAUCAACUUUGAUCGAAUAAGAUACCAUCCCAUCGCUCUUGGACCAUUAUAGACUAUGCACCGAUGCGUGAGCUUGACAAUGCAAAUCCCAAUGUAGCAGAAGAUUGUAGGGGUUGGUUAAAUAGGUUUUGAUCCGAAUGCCUUUUUUUAGGCUGCUUUCAGAGUGUAACCUUACAUCUGUUUUUUCUAAGGGAGACGUUACCAAUAAGAAAGACAUAAGUGCCUUUAACACUUGGAACAAUCUUCAUCAUUCCUGCAAAUGUUGAUAAUGGGAUGAAGAAAAUAGGGGCUACUGUUUUCAAGCCUUUGCAUCUAUUGAAGAGAAAUUAUUUGACUGAGAAUUUUUGCUGGGGGCAACAAAAAGGUUGGCCUUCUUAAGUUGAUUGAGCUUGCAUAGCAAUAAGGGGAUAAAGUAUGUUUUCCUUGAUUUAUGACACUGGAACUGCUUUCAGUAUUGAAAUUGUAUGAACCCUUUCUUGUCCUGGCUUCAUACAGAACACCAGAGUAACAGUGUCUAACAGGAAGGUAUGGCCGAUCUGUUUCCUCUUCAUGAAAAAUAUAGUCAAAUCAUAAUCAGUGAUCAAAAUCUUAUGAGUAGGUCAUCAAUGGAAGGCAUUACAAAGAUUUAAUGAGGAUAGUUGAAUCUUUAUGUUUUGUCUAGAGUUUGGAUGUCUGAGACAAAAAAGGCAAAUAAGAAUGAAAGUAUUUGCAGCAGUGCUCUACAGUCUUCAACUUUUUUUCAAAUAAGAUUUUGCAAAAAAAUUAUAUAGCUAGCUAGAAGCUACAAAAAAACCUGUGCCCUUAGCAUUGACAUCUGAUUUCAUACAGAAUCUAAUGUUGGGUUUUUGGAACUUAUAGCAACCCAUCUUCUACCGCUUUGCAAUUGAGCUGUUCUGAACCACUAAAAUUUAUUCCUACUGCCAUAUAUUUCUUCGAUUGAAAAUGGUUCAUCCCGGUUGCUGAGUGUUUGGUACAAAGGAAGUCGAAAACUGGGGAUGGGAAAGGGGCUUGGAGAACAUGAACCAAUUGGUCUAAACCCCAGGUUUUAGUGUGCCGUCCUAUACUAGAUCAGAAUCCAUUCAUUUACCAACCUUCCCUUUUAGUACUUGCUCAUUUUCCAACCCUCUCUUUUAGUUUCCCAUGAAAAGGCAGCAGCAUCUAAAUUCAAGGUCCAUUUUUAUUCAUAGGGAUCAUACAUUUAUCUAAACCUGUGCCAGAAUCCACAUCUAAGACAUGCCAUAAUCAACAUUCCUUGAUGUAUAAAAAUUUCUUUCCAGAGAGACAUGAAAAUGAGAUAAACGAUAUUUUUGUACGGUUUGAAUACACAAUUGAAAAUAUUGUUGGCCUCUCCAAUGUGCUGGACAAUUUCAUAAAUUUUACUACAGGAUUUUGACCCUGGAAUUGUCUAGCAAAAGAUGUGUUUGGACAAAUGAGGAUAUGAAAGAUGAAAAGUAUAACUUAAUUCUUUGUUGAAAGAAUAUAAUACUUUAAAAGGAAACGUUCUUUCUUUCUUUUUUUUUCUUUUUUUUCUGUUAAUGAGAAGAUAAUUCACCGAUGAGUGGUAUUACAAUUGCAGCGUCUAGUGUCAAGGAUUAUACUAAUAAUUUGGGUUCUUUGGGUAACUUGUUUCAUUGGUGAUCAAGGCUUGUACAAGGCCGCUAAUUGUAGGGUUGGAGAAAUUGCUUUGAUCGGUCCAUUUAUGCUACAUCUUAGCAAAAAAGUAAGCUGUUUUUGGCCAAAGUUUACCAACAGCAGAAGACUUGAUUUGUUUUUUAUUCUUUGCGGCUAUGUUUGAACUUGAUCAGAGCUAUGAAGGGCCUCUUGUGGUCUUACGUUUAAGGUUGCUCAGAAAACUCCGAGUCUGCAGGGUGUCAUCAAUCAGCCAAAACACAAAGAAAAAGUAAUCUUCAAGCAGAAAUCUGCAGCGGCCUGCGUAUAUCAAUGUUGUAUGACGGUGAUACAAACUAGUAUCACAGGUCACAUCAGUGUUUUACGUCUUCUAUGACCUAAUCGAGUGUGUUGUGGCUAUUCGUAAAGACUUUUACAGGUUACGAAAAUGUUAACCCUAGUCAUGUGAGGGAACUGAACUAUAUUUUUAGGAUCAGGAAAGCAGCGAAAGGUGACAAACAGUGUUAAUCUUUAAUUUUGGGGGUAUGAGGGGCUGAACAAACAUUUUGCAUGGUUUAGCUUUCAGAUUGUGUAACGCAGAUGGGUUUUUGUUGACUAAUUCAUAUGGAUUACUGCAAAUUAAUGCAAAUAUCUGAUGUUUGGUUUGAAGCUCCCUUAAAA